AUGACAGUUGCAGAUCAGAGAGGGGAGGAGGAGUUCAACAUUACACAACAGGCACAGGCAAGAAAAAAAGGGGACCACAGAACCAUUCGAAAAAGGUUGCAAGAGGCUGGUGUAUUAAGAGUGUCAGAAGAACAAGGCUUAGGCAACAACCUCCACGCCCUGCGACAACUCACCAAUGUCAUUGCGGAAAUUGAACAGGAUGUUAAGUUAAAACUAAACACUGAAUACUGCAAAUCCUAUAUGUCAUGGUUUUCUGGAAGACAUUAUUGGGGGUUGGAUGCCCUUGAUGGUGAUCAAUACAAUUAUGAAUACAACAUCUGGGGAGAUGGAGAGGGAAUAGAUGUAUAUGUGGCAGACACAGGCAUCAAUCCAAACCAUGAAGAUUUCUCGGGGAGAGUUACCGGGUUGGAUGCCCUUGAUGGUGAUCAAUACAAUUAUGAAUACAACAUCUGGGGAGAUGGAGAGGGAAUAGAUGUAUAUGUGGCAGACACAGGCAUCAAUCCAAACCAUGAAGAUUUCUCGGGGAGAGUUACCGUUGGCUGGCCGACAUCUACAAGUGUUGACGACGAUGGUCAUGGUACCCACGUGGCCAGUAUCAUCGGGGGAACCAAUUCUGGCGUGGCAAAGAGUGCUAACAUCAUUUCCCUGAAGAUUUGUUCAAAUUAUGGAUGCCCUCUUUCCGGUAUAUUGAAUGCUUGUCUGUGGGCAAAACAAAGAGUGCAAAGCUCUGGGCGCCUCUCCGUUAUUAACUUCAGUAUUGGUGCGCCGUUCAUCAGGUCUCUGAACGACGCAGUCGAUGAUCUACUCGCAGCGGGAAUCCCCGCAAUUGUUUCAGCAGGUAAUGCCAAUGACAACGCUUGCGAUUACUCUCCAGCCAGCACGGCCAAUGCCCUCACUGUCGGAGCGUUUAAUGAGGGCUUUGAAAAGGCUAGUUUUAGUAACCAUGGAUCUUGCGUAGAUCUUUACGCCCCGGGUGAGGGUAUCGAAGCUGCUGACUUCUCUGGAAACGAUAAAUAUACUAUAAUGAGCGGCACCUCCAUGGCAGCUCCAUUUGUGACCGGUGCCGUGGCUGCCUGGUUGCAGGUCCUCAGAGAUGACGGGACUAUCAGCUCACCCUCUGCCCAGGUUGUCAACUACGCCAAUAUACACAUCAUACAGUACGCAUUGCCUGGAAAACUUACGGGUGUCAGUGAAGCCAAUUUGGCUUUGUCUACUCCAUGCUUGGUUAUUUGA